AUUGCACUCACUGAAGAUCCAUCCAUGGUUGUCAGGAUAACUCCCUAGCCUUUGAAGCUCCUUGCCUCAUGAGAACCCUAUCAGAUUUGGAAGUUGCUGGCCGAGAAACAAGCAUAGUGUGGUAAGCUCAGCUUAGGCUAAGGUCCUCACUUCUCGAGCUUGAUUUAUUUCCGUCAGGGAAUAAACGGCCUGCUUCAAACACCAGCAACCGAGCGGUUUCUCAGACGUUUCUGCCAGCCACAUGCUAGUACCAGACCGACAGGACGCAGAGCAGAUCACAGCGAGAUGACUCUUCACGCGGUUGACGAGUUCACCCUCCUGCAGCGACCGCGGAAGCUGCCAGGCAGAGACAUUUCAACGACCAAUAAUCCCAAUGACACGAUUAAGCAGGAGAAACCACGGGGAGUGGCCACUGCCAAACUUCGCAAACGAGACGCGGAAAAUGCUGGUGGAUCGACUCCCAGCAAGACGAGCCGUAAGCGAGGCAGAUGCUCGGACAAGGCACCGAGCAACGGCGACGAGUCUCAUUGUGAGGCUAAGCCAACUAGCCGACGGAGAGGGAAGGAAAGGUCGAUGGGGAACGGAUCGAGUCACCCUGAUGGUGCUGCUGGCUCAGCCGCCUCGCAGGGAGCGUUUGGCAUUGUUAGUAGCAGCAAUGAGCGAAACGACCCGGCGUCUCUGGCAACAGCAAGGAGAAAUGCGACGAUGGCAACAGCGAGGGACGCCAGACCAGCGGCAUCCCCGCAGCUGCUGCUGACGGAGGCUCAGCGCGCUGCUGCUUUCCACGAUCCCAGCGUCCCGCUGCUCGUCGUCGCUGCUGCUGGAUCCGGGAAGACGUCAGUCAUCUGCCACAGGAUCAUCCACCUCAUUUCCCAGGGUGUUCCUCCCAACGAGAUCUUAGCAGUCACAUUCACGAGAAGAGCAGGCCAGAGCCUACGGCAGCGACUGCACCAGCUAGCAGGAGCGAUGGCAGCGCAGCAGCUAGACAAGGCAGCAAGUGGCGCGGGAUUAGCUGCAGCAGCAGCGCCAGGAGAACCAGCAGCAGCACCAGCUAUGCAAACGGUGUCAGCAGCAGCGAUAGCAGACGUGCGCGUUUCCACCUUCCACUCCUUCUGCCUGCAGACCCUCAGGCAGUUCGCGCACCUGGCUGGACUGCCAAAGGAUUUCACCGUCUUCCCACCCAAGAUGCAGGUCAGGGCUUAGUUCCUACCAGCCCCUACACCCUGCU